AGCACCUUGUAUUAUACGGACAGUUGCCUCAGCAGUAAGGAUUUCGGUGGGGAUUGGAGGAAAAAUGACGGGGGAGAAGAAAAGAAUGUGACAACUGCCGAGUCUGUGGCUGCCUUGGGGAGGCCUCGCGCACCUGUCCCUCUCCGUCUCUGCGGCCAGCGCAGUUGAAUCAGACAAGCGUAGAGAAGCGCUCAUAUUUGCUAGCGAGAGCACAGAGGCGUGCACGGAAAAAAAAACAUGACUUCCUCUUACAAUCUGGAUUUUCUACCCGAUGUGAUGGUUGAGAGCCGUUUGCUGGUUUCCGGCGACAGAAUCAACGGCACGGGCAGCAAGAUGAACGGGGCGCUGGAGCACUCCGACCAGCCCGACCCGGACGCCAUCAAGAUGUUCGUGGGCCAGAUCCCGCGGUCCUGGUCCGAGAAGGAGCUGAAGGAGCUGUUCGAGCCGUACGGCGCCGUGUACCAGAUCAACAUCCUCCGUGACCGCAGCCAGAACCCGCCACAGAGCAAAGGGUGCUGUUUUGUAACAUUUUAUACGAGAAAAGCAGCUCUGGAGGCACAGAACGCCCUGCACAACAUUAAGACCUUAUCUGGGAUGCAUCAUCCCAUUCAGAUGAAGCCUGCGGACAGCGAGAAGUCAAACGCGGUGGAAGACAGAAAACUGUUCAUAGGAAUGGUCUCCAAGAAGUGCAACGAGAACGACAUCAGAGUGAUGUUCUCUGCGUUCGGGCAGAUCGAGGAGUGCCGAAUUCUGAGAGGACCAGACGGGCUGAGCAGAGGCUGUGCGUUUGUCACGUUUUCUACCAGGGCUAUGGCACAGAAUGCAAUCAAAGCCAUGCACCAGUCACAGACCAUGGAGGGCUGCUCCUCGCCCAUCGUGGUGAAGUUCGCCGACACGCAGAAGGACAAGGAGCAGCGGCGCCUGCAGCAGCAGCUGGCCCAGCAGAUGCAGCAGCUCAACAGCGCCACCACCUGGGGCAACCUGACCGGCCUGGGCGGCCUCACCCCGCAGUAUCUGGCAGUAAGAAGCCCCGCCUCCGUCGCCCCGUCGCCUACCGCCAACCAAGCCGUCGCAGCAGCCGCACUUCUUCAGCAGGCUACUUCCUCCAGUAAUCUGGGAGCCUUCAGUGGAAUUCAGCAGAUGGCAGGUAUGAGCGCUUUGCAGCUGCAGAACCUAGCUGCUUUAGCAGCGGCUGCGGCGGCCGCACAGAGCUCGGCCAGCCCCUCCAAUGCAAACCCUCUGUCCUCCAGCAGCGGCGCCCUUGGAGCGCUGGCUAGCCCAGCUGGUACGACGGCCAGUUCCAACGCCGGGGCCAUGAGUUCUCUGACCUCGCUGGGCACCCUGCAGGGCCUCGCCGGCGCCACCGUGGGGCUCAACAACAUUAAUGCACUCGCAGGUAGCGUCAACAUUGCUCAAAUGCUCUCAGGUAUGGCGGCCCUCAACGGGGGCCUCGGGGCCACAGGGCUGACCAACGGCACGGCGGGCACCAUGGACGCCCUGACCCAGGCCUACUCAGGGAUCCAGCAGUACGCCGCCGCCGCCCUGCCCACCCUCUACAGCCAGUCUCUGCUGCAGCAGCAGAGCGCGGCCGGCAGCCAGAAGGAGGGGCCGGAGGGAGCCAACCUCUUCAUCUACCACCUGCCGCAGGAGUUCGGAGACCAGGACAUCCUGCAGAUGUUCAUGCCUUUCGGGAACGUGGUCUCCGCCAAAGUCUUCAUCGACAAACAGACCAAUCUGAGCAAGUGCUUCGGUUUCGUCAGCUAUGACAAUCCGGUGUCGGCGCAGGCGGCCAUCCAGGCCAUGAAUGGUUUCCAGAUCGGCAUGAAGAGGCUGAAGGUGCAGCUCAAGCGCUCCAAGAACGACAGCAAACCUUACUGAUCAUAGCACUAGGGCUUUAUCGCUCUCACAUUAGCACUGCGAGGAACAUCUCCAUGCCUGUUAGCUCAUCGUUUGCCUAGCAUGUCUCCGUGGCAUCCAAAAAAAAAAAAAAAAAAAAACGUCUCAUCGUCCCGUCAUUGUUUCUCUGAUGUCUUUCUGAGCUCACCUGAUCAUAACCUGGUCUCCUCCUACUGACCUUUGAACCUAGCUUGACCUUUUUGGAAUUUUUUGCAUGUGACCUCAUUUUGAGCUUUUGAAUAUUUGGGAGAAGGGGAGGGAGGGGGCAGGAAAGGCAAAUCAAUGUGAAAGCUUAGCUGCAUCCAUACAAGAGACUGAACACUUUUAGAAAACAAAAAGCAGAAAAGUAGUUUUAAAAAAAAAAAAUCAAACCUGUGGCAAAGUGUUUUUUUUUCUUUUUUGUUUGUUUUUUGUUUGUUUGUUUCUUUUUUUUUUUCCUUCUUUUAAGUUUUCUUUUUGGUUUCUUUUUUUUUUUUUUUCCUUUUUUCAUUAAAGUAAACUUGAAAGAUCAAUACAGGGAUUGGCAUUGGGUCUUACUGCUGGCAACACUAGCAAUAUGAGGCCAGGAGUGACCUGUGUUGGUUUCUAAGAUAAAUAGACUACUUCCAUACAGUUUUGAAGAGAAACUGUCUGAUAAAUAUUCGAAUCUCUCUGUAAUGGUUUUUACAUUUUUCAGGCAGUGUAAAGUAGUUUUUUGAUAAGGCCAUUUGAAGCGGCUCACUUUCUCAUUAAAAUCUAUAUAUAUAGAACCACUUUUUCUAGAGUAGUUAAAGGUUAUAAAAAAAAAUUUAAAAGAUUUGCCCUGUUUGGGGGGACAAUGCUACCUACUUGUGUCACCUUUUGCUGAACUGACUCACAGUUAGACAAUCCGUGGUUAAAUGCACAUGAAAUGACCUAUAUUUUAUACUCUUUACAUGUAUAGAGAAAAAAAAACAAUUAACUGUAACCCGCGUUAACGUUGGUGCUUUUCGUGGAUUAAGUUGUGGUUUCAUCACGAGUCUAACGGUCCUCAGUGUUUCAUGUUUUAAAGACUAAAAUCGGUUUACUUGAACAAUAGACAAAGCCUUUCAUAUUAUUACUAUUACUAUUACUUUUCUUUUCUAUGAGUCCCUAUUUGCUAAAUUUCUUGUUGGGUAAUUAGCGAUAUGAAAUUCCAAAAAACAAAAAAAAACAAACACAAAAACAAAAAAAAAAUGUCGGCUUGUGAAGCAUCGAUGUCAUAAUUAUUUUUUCUUUUUAUCGUGGGAAACAAUAUUUAGAUGUGUUUUGUUGUUCAGCAAAAUGUGAUUUUUUUUUUCUUCUGAAGAAAAAAAAAUGAAAUCAGUGGAAUUUAGUGCCAAAUUCCAAAGGUACUUCCUGCCUAGAGCUUUCAGUGUAUUUCUUGUGAAAUUAUUUGAUAACAUGGGUAUUUUAUUACGUGUUUUGUAUGGAUCCCUCAUAUUUAAAGAUAUAGAUUUAAAAAAGAGUUUGUUAACUUGCUAUUCUGUGGUCUUGUUGCCUGAAACUGUUCAUGGUUUUUUGCUUUUCUUUGUUUUAUUUGUUUUUUUGUUUUGUUUUGUUGUUUUUGUUUAGUUUUUUUCUUUCUCUUUUUCUUUUUGUAACUGUGUAAAAAGUGCCCAUGUUCCUCACACACACUCCUGUGCUGUAAAAGCAAAUCUCUCAGUCCGCUUUUCUGUCCCUGUGCCUGGGAGACCCUGGGACUGAGAUCCUCUGCAGUCAGACUCGAGCCUGCUUCUUUCACACACACACACGCACGCACGCACACACACGCACGUGCAAGCGCGCGCGCGCACACAAAUACACACACCUGCGCACGCAUGGAUGGACAGCUAAAGCCUCCAACAAGCCUUUUCUUAAAUGAGCGUACACACGCGCACACACAACACGCGCGCGCACACACACACAAACACACACUUUGAUGCCCUGCGACAGACAGGUUUACAGUUCACACCCAGCGCCGAGUGGGGUAGAGGGCCAAAUGCAAAGCCUUAUUUCCAACUGUCUUUCCAUCGUUUCCAUGACCACGGAGCAGUUUUUUUAAUGCAUGUUUAUAGUUGCCUUUAUUCAUAGGUUAUUUAUUGAUUGUUUUUUUCUUCUUCCAGAAACACGAGACUGCUUUUCUUUUAGUGUCGCGAAAGUUCAGGAUCCCCAUAGACACCUGCACUGCACACGUUCCUUGCACACGUUCACCCGCACACCGAAGUGCAGGCACACGGAUCAGUAUUACUCUCGUGUUGUUUUAGCUUCUCGUGAGCCCUUUUAGUGCCAGUUGUGCUGGGCGCGGGCGGGGAGCUCGUUUGAAAAUCAUGUGCAUUGUUUGUCUUGGAUACAAAGAAAGUGCUUUGACAGCUGCAUCCCUGCGGUUGUGAAGUUGUCGUUUACCCGUCUCAAAAUUCAGGAGCUGCCGUGUAAUCCUGGUUAAUUACAAGCCCUAAUCCGAAAUAUAAAAAUCCUUGCAUAAAGCACAGCAUUAUAUGGGGGCGAAAAAAAAGUCCUCAAUUUUUUUAUUAUUAUUAGUGUUACUUUAUUCUAAACAUUUAUAUUGUAAAGUAGUGCUGGUUAAAAGUAUAAUUCGAUCUCAUUUUGCUGAAUUCACAAAUUGCACAGAAAGUAAUGCGUUCUCAUAAUGUGUGCUCGUUUUUUUUUUUUUUUUUAAUUUAACCCACGUGUGUGUUGCUUCGUAGAAAUGAUGGCCAGUCGACACGUCUUACUGAAUACUGACCUGUAAUGAAAUAAACUCUGACCACCGGAGCAUUCGCACAAUGCAAGGGAGUAUUCAGGUCACUUUAACAGUAUUUACUCCUGACCCCCCCCCCCCCCCCCCCCCCCCCACUCCGGCCAUGUUUACCUUUGAUAAAUGACAUUGCUGUUUUGAAUCAAACUCACCCAUGGCCUUAACUCAGGGUCUGUUAUAUCAGUAUUUCAGGUUUGUAUGGAAGGUGGUGGUCGGUGUGCGUUAGCUGGAAUGUCGGGGAGCUCUGCUUCCGCGGUCCUGUUCGGCGGUCGGUCUUUCUGCUGAAGAACAAGCAGCGAGGUCUCUCUGGAGGCUCCAGAGGUUGGAGUGAAUAUAGCGAAUUAUACAGCCUUUCACUUUAAUUGUACCUUUGGCUUUGGCAGGAGAGCGGGAAUAAAAAUGCUAAAAGGAUAAAAGCUGUAAAAGUGUAAGGAUAAAAGCUAAGCAUGAGAACAUGCAUGUAUUAUUAGAAUUCUUAUUAUGAUGAUGAUUAUUAUUAUAUUUGAACAUUAUAUGAUUUGAUUGUGAUAACUGAAAGCUUUACAUUGAAGUUGGUUCCGGCUGUUUCGCCACUGAGCUUAAAUUGGAGCGGUUCGCCUCACACAAAAUAUCUUGAACACUUGGGAAAUAUUCGUUGCUCAUAACUCACAAUUGCGUGCCAAACAUGGGUGAUUUACUCUCCAUUACCGCAGAAGCUACGUCAAUGCCAAUUUUCGAGUGCUUUUAAGAAUUAAAAUCUCAAGGGCACUUACCGUGUUUUCCUUUAUCCAAAAGCAUCAUUUAAAGUGCCAUGCAACUCUGUUGAAACUGUUGUCGUCAACAUGCGCCAAUAUUUGCCUUUUCGUGUUAAAAAAAAAAAAAAAAAAAACUUGCUGCAAUAUAAUUUCUGACCUCCAGUCUCUCCAUUGGCUGAAGCUUUUUAGGCUCCCCCUCCUUUUGAGGAGCGUUUUUUGCACUCUUUGCAAUGUUUUACAAAACUAAUUUAUUGUAGGAGUCUUUCGGUACGAUGUAGUGGUAUUGAUAAUGUUGUUGUUACAUCUAGCUAAUAAUAUUUAUCUCCACAGUGUUGCACAAACUCAAAUUCCAUGUUCUCAUACUCACAGCGGGAUAUGCUAUACAUAUGGAUAGGUUCUGCUGCGUUGCGUGAUCAGUAUGUUUUCAUACGUAAAUUCACUCGCUUCCAUCAUGUAGCUUCUUCCGUUGCCUGCCCGUCUCCACGGAGACCGUGCCGAGGCUAAUUUCUUAAUGUAAACUGGAAUCGGACGAAGCUCGUUGUGCUACGAUAGAAAGCGUCGUCCAGUUUUCCUGGAGGGAGAGGGGGUGGGGCUUCGGCUUCGCGGUUUCAACUCAUAACAUUUUGUCAGAGCGUGAAUAGCAUUUUAGAGCAAUGAACAGAGGUAGAAUUAAUCGCUAGAUGCUAUGUAUUGAGCACUAGAGUAUUAAUGUGAAAAGCACAAUGUAUAGGGGUCCUCAAAAGAGUCACUGCAGAGGUUCUCACGUCAGGGGGAUCUCGUCACCAGGCUUGUUGUAUCUUAAAACUUGUCACCGUUUCAGUUUUUUUUUCCUUUCUAAUCAUCUUAAGUGCUAUUUAACAACAAAGAAAUAAAAAAAAAUGUUGUUUCUUUGCAUUUUUGGCUUAUGUCAGAUUUUUGGGAAAAAAUAUAUAUGUGUGUUUUCUCUCCUGUGCCGUAAGAGCUUGUUGUCUGUAGAUUAAUAUCAUUUUGUUUAUGAUUCUUAAGAAUUUUAAUAGUUUUAAGUAUAGUCUUGAGAAAAGCCAAAGUCAAUGUAUUUCAGUGGAAUCUGUCAGUGUGAAUUCUGUUUUUGUUUUACAACACUUCCAGCUCUUUCAUUUGAUGGACUUUAAAAGUACAAAAAAAGCAGGCUUUCCUAUUUCUACAGCUGAUUGUAUUUAUGCAUUUUGUACCAGUGGAACUUUUUAUACUGGAGAUUAAAGGAAAAAAAAAACUAUUGGAGAAUUGUCUGGCCUCAUCAUGUGGCCAGCCAUGACUGCUGGUUCCCAUGUUUGAUAUCUGGUUGGCAUCAGUUGGAAAGUUGGGGUUUUCAUGUAAGAUUUUUCUAGAAGAACUUUGGCUUGAUUUAUUUAACCUCUUCUUUUUCCUCACAUUUUUGUCUUUCUUUCUUUCUUUUUGGAAGGGGGUGUGUGUGUUUCUUUUUGACUUAUACAUAAUUAUAGAGGUUUGUCUAUACAAAAGCGGUAAGUUUCAUUUAAUUCUGUAUUGUGGCGUUUACACGAUAAGACGAUUAGGAUUAGACGUAUUUAGUCACCUUCUGUGGAUAAAUGUAUUAGUUUAACAAAGAUAAACAAAUUAGAGGUUUUUGCUUUUAGCUGUUUAGGUUUUUCUGGUUUCUCUGUCCUUCGCUGUGAACCUAACUGUGUAGCUGGAACGGUCAGACUUAUUUUUGUAAACGUAUGUUCUUGUGUGAUGCAGUUUUUUGCUUCUGUCUCUGAUAUUAAACCAUUUUUCCUAAUA